CUCCCCACGCCGUACCUUUCCACCGGUGCCUCAGUUUCCCUGCCUGAAUCCGUCAAUAAGAUCUCUCUCUUUCUCGCAGGGAUUGGCUUCGCCACUGAGCCCUCAGGCUUCCGCCAGCCACCACCCCCACGCCCCUAGACACCCUCGGCGGGCCCCCGUCCCGGCUUCAUUGGUGCUUUCGCCCCAGCCGCAGCUAUGCUGCACACCGAGGGCCACGCUCUUCUUCGGGCCGUGGGUCAGGGUAAGCUACGCUUGGCCCGUUUGCUUCUGGAGGGAGGCGCCUACGUGAAUGAGGGUGAUGCCCAGGGUGAGACUGCGCUAAUGGCGGCCUGUCGGGCCCGUUACGACGACCCCCAGAACAAGGCACGCAUGGUACGCUACCUCCUGGAGCAAGGCGCUGACCCCAACAUCGCAGACCGCCUGGGGCGCACCGCGCUCAUGCACGCUUGCGCCGGGGGUGGGGGCGCCGCCGUGGCUUCGCUGCUCCUUGCCCACGGUGCAGACCCCUCAGUGAGAGAUCACGCGGGAGCCUCGGCGCUUGUCCACGCCCUGGACCGCGGGGACCGUGAGACCCUUGCCACGCUGCUGGACGCCUGUAAGGCCAAGGGCACGGAGGUCAUCAUCAUCACCACCGACACCUCUCCCUCGGGAACCAAGAAGACACGGCAGUAUCUCAAUUCCCCACCGUCCCCGGGGGUGGAGGACCCGGCUCCCGCUCCUCCUAGCCCGGGGGUCUGCACUUCGCCUUCGGAAAUCCAACUGCAGGCUGCAGGAGGAGGAGGAGGAGGAGGUGGAGGAGGAGGAGGAGGAGGACGGGGGUUGCUGUCCCCUCGCGCUCAGGAAGAAGAGGAGAAGCGGGACGUAUUCGAAUUCCCUCUUCCUAAACCCCCCGAUGACCCCUCCCCUUCUGAGCCGCUCCCCAAACCACCCCGUCACCCUCCAAAACCACUCAAAAGGCUCAACUCCGAGCCCUGGGGCCUAGUGGCCCCUCCUCAACCUGUCCCGCCCGCGGAAGGGAGGCCGGGGAUCGAGCGCCUGACCGCCGAAUUCAACGGCCUGACCCUGACCGGUCGACCCCGUCUUUCCAGACGUCACAGCACUGAAGGCCCGGAGGACCCGCCUCCGUGGGCGGAGAAAGUGACGGGUGGGGGUCCUCUCUCUCGCCGAAACACUGCGCCAGAAGCUCAGGAGUCCGGUCCCCCUGCGGGGCUGAGGCAGAAACUGAGCCGCAUGGAGCCGGUGGAGCUCGAUACUCCCGGGAAUAUUUGCCCCGACUCGCCGGAGUGCAGCCGUUUGUCCCUGGAGCGCCGCCGAUACAGCGCCUCCCCGCUGACUCUCCCUCCAGCCGGCUCGGCGCCCUCGCCGCGCCAGUCCCAGGAGAGUCUGCCUGGGGCAGUCUCUCCCCUGAGCGGACGGAGGCGGAGUCCCGGGCUGCUGGAGCGGAGGGGCUCGGGGACGUUGCUCCUGGACCACAUCGCGCAAACGCGGCCUGGUUUCCUGCCUCCGCUCAACGUCAGCCCCCACCCUCCCAUCCCCGACAUUCGCCCCCAACCCGGAGGUCGGGCGCCUUCGCUGCCCGCCCCUCCCCAGGCGGGGGCGCCAGGCUCUCCUAGGACCAAGCGCAAGUUGGUGAGGCGCCACUCGAUGCAGACUGAGCAGAUCCGCCUGCUAGGGGGCUUCCAGAGUCUAGGCGGGCCAGGGGAGCCAGGGCGCUGAGACGAGUGAGAGGAGUCAAGGAGGGUGGGGAUCAGGACCUUGAUGGGACAGGUGGGAGAACCAGCUCACACACACACCACGGACAUGGGGGUCUCUUGCAUGUGCUCACGGGCACGGUGCACGCACACAUGGGUA